AUGACUGGCUUCUUCUUCCUCCUUUUCUUCCCCGAUCCCGAGCCCGAUACCGAUCCCGAGUCUGCUUUUGAUACCGAGCCCGAGCCCGAGCCCGAGCCCGAGCCCGAGCUGGAGCUAGAGCUGGAGCUGGAGCUGGAGCUAGAGCUAGAGCUAGAGCCGGAGCCGGAGUCAGAGCUCGAGCUAGAGCUCGAGGUAGGGCUAGAGCUAGCACUCGACCUCUCUCCUGCAUCCGAGUCCGAGUUUGAGUUGGGAUCCGAGCCGGAGCUUGAACUCGCACUAGCACUCGAGCUGGCACUCGAGCUGGAGUUGUCAUCGGACGAGUCUGUGCCCGCGGAGCUGGUGACAAGAGUGGUGGGCUUGGACGAGGUCGAGCCGAUGCGAGCGAGGCGGAACGGAUCUGCAGCGCUGUUGGCGGCUUCCGCUGUAAAGCAGGUCUUGGCGCAAAAGGUUUGA